AUGCCUUACGAUGGACUGACUACUCUUUCGCCUUGGUUUGUUCGGGGUAAUCCUGCCAACGCCAACUGUCCCCGCCUUCUAUGUAUCCACUCGAUGGGGAUCGGCGCAUCCCUUUUCACCCCCUUCCUAAUAGAUCCUCCGGACGGGCUAGAUCCGAUAGCCGUGCAACUACCUGGUCGUGAGACCCGCGCUGAGGAACCCCCUGUUGUCAGCGUAUCCGAGAUCGUGUCCAACAUCAUGGCGGAGAUGGACAACGUGGUCGGAUUCCCCCACGUCGUCUGGGGCCAUUCAUUUGGCGGAAUAAUUGCCUUUGAAGUGCUUCGUGUUCUCCGACGACAGGGCAAGCCGUUACCACGUCUGUUCGUCACUGGCACGAUUGCUCCACAUCGGAUAUACACCUGGCAAAAGCGGGAUAUCCUGAUCGAAAGCUUUCGGGACGAUAUCAGUCCCGAAUAUCUUCUGGCUGUGGCACGGUAUGUUGAUAAUGCGGACUUUCUUCGUUCAAUUUUGCCCAUGAUGAGGCAGGAUGCGCCUCUACUGCUCAAGUAUCAGUACAAAGAAGAGGAUCCUUUGGAUACAACCAUCACGGGAGUUACCGCCCGUCAGGAUGACGUUGUGUACCCAGAGGAGGUAACUGACUGGCGAGCUCAUGCGAAGAGAUUUCAUUUCAUCGAAGUGGACGGAGACCAUUGGUUUUUGUAUCGAAAUCGCAGGCUAGUGCGGGAGACGCUGGCGGCUAUGGCAUGUGAGGAUCAGCCCGUUGGCUGA